AUGGCGCAGAGCAACUACGUAUUCAAGUACAUCAUUAUUGGCGACAGCGGAGUUGGUAAGAGCUGUCUGCUGCUCCAGUUCACUGACAAACGCUUCGAGCCGCUACACGACUUGACGAUCGGCGUAGAGUUUGGUGCGCGGCUCAUCUCUAUUCAAGGGAGGAGCGUCAAGCUGCAGAUUUGGGAUACGGCAGGCCAGGAAAGCUUCCGUAGCAUCACCCGCAGCUACUACCGUGGUGCUAGCGGGGCACUGCUCGUCUACGACGUCACUCGACGCGACACUUUCACGCACCUGCAGAGUUGGCUGGAGGAUGCCAAGGCGAACGCAAAUACGGCACUCGUGAUUAUGCUGAUUGGCAACAAGUGCGACCUCGAUAGCAAACGUCAGGUGAGCCGCGAGGAAGGAGAGGCGUUUGCGCGCAGCAAUGGGCUGAUGUUUAUGGAGACAAGCGCCAAGACAUCAAAGAACGUCGACGAUGCUUUCCUGCAGACGGCAGCGCUCAUCUACGACAAUGUGCAGCUCGGAGUGAUCGAUGCAUCCGUCGUCUCUGGGCGUCCAGGGAUGCCUACAAGCAAUACGCAUACGGCGAACGUGAAUGCCAACAACAACAACAACAACAGCAGCAGCUGUGCCUGCUAG